AUGUUUUUAUUGCUAAGCUUCAGCGUUGCAUACGUUGUUCGUGAGUUUUUCGGGUUUUAUAGAAGAACCGCUAAGCAUCAGAAGAUGCGGCUUGAAUGUGAAGUAGUUAUGCUCAAAGAGAAUGCUCAAAACCCAGGUAUUUCUAUUUCAAAGCGCCCAACAAGGAGCAGUAAAGCAAUUGUGACGUUGGGGAAAAAUCACAUGAAAGGUGGAUUUCGUUACCUUUUACAUAUAGCAACAAGAACUGCACCGAAAGGACCUCAAAUUGAGAUAACUGCUGAGAACGUCAGAAACAUUCAUAAGGAACGUGUCCCUGCUGGAAGCAUGUCGCUGGUUUUCGUUAACCCUCCACUUACUGUGAUAAUAAUGAAGUGCAAUCCAGCCCAUUUGCAGCGGUUUCUGGAGAAAUUUUCAGCAAUCUUGAAAGGAAACGACAUCUCUUUAAAGGCCGUAGACAAGGUGAAGCAGUCGGAUUUCAAAGCAGCAGUAAAAUCUCUUAAAGUAACGGCUGAAAAUCUUCGAGGUAUUACAUAUCCGUCAUCACUACAAACCCUUGAAGUCACGGCUUUAGACUUACACUCUGUUGAUAGCCGAUGGUUCUCGCUUCCACUACUAACCAGCUUGGAUUUGUCCUGCAAUCGUCUUGGUCAGGCGAGUGAUUUUGCGAAGAUCAAGUUAGUGUCGAAGCUGCAUAACUUGCGGAUGUUAUCAUUAGAAAGAAAUGAGAUUAAUGCUCUUCCGCAGUUCUUUUUUGACUUAUUGCCUCCGUCGCUGUUGGCCUUGAACCUCUCACAGAAUCUGCUCGUGUCCCUACCCGACUCAAUCGUAAAGGCCAAAAGUUUGCAGAAUUUGAACCUAAGCCACAAUUUGCUCACUAGUCUACCCAGAGAUAUCUCUGAUAUGCCCCUGCGAUGCCUAUUUCUUGACCAUAACCGAUUGCCGUGUCUACCGUAUGAUUUGAAAACAAGAAGAUUUGAGAAGCUCUACUUCGACUAUAAUCCCAUGAUUGCAGCCUUACCAGGCAUAAGAUGUACUAGCUUUCCAUCUUUAUGUUCAAUAGCGCUGGCGAUGGUUCGCAGCCACUCACUGCCUGAGAACAUUCUUCCAUGGGAUCUAAAGAUGGUGGGGAAUAUGCUCUGCAUGAAAUGCUCUUGUUGUCGUAAAUGGACAUCAUCAUCGCAACUAGCAUUGUCGUUCAUCCGCGUAAUGGCCACCGAUUUCGCUAUGGAAACUGAUAUGAUGCAGUCAAUUACUAUGCGGGCGUUCACAUGUCAAAAUUUAUGUCAGACUGAGGAUGAACAGAAAGAGAUUCAUAAUAAGCGGGAAGCGUUUGGAGUGACUCCUCAGGAGAUGAAUCCUGAGGAAGAUCUGUCAUCGUUGCUUACUGGGCGACUGGAAGCGGCUAAGUCCUUGGAACUACAACUUCGUGACCCCUGCUACUCGUCGAUACAAGGUGUCAGUAAACUUCGAAAUCGCCUAGCCAGCGAGUUGAAAUUUCUCGAGGGUAUUGCCAGAGGAAGAACUCCUUUGGAAAAGAAGUACAUUGAAACCAGUAAUGUGACACAUUUUGAGAACAUCGUGUCCGGUUUGAGUCGAUUUCGAGAGAUUCAGGCCGUGUUCCACACAUUUUCUAUUCUUGACCCGGAUACGGAUUCUGUCCUCAAACACGCUGUAGACAUUGUUGCGAAGAAAGGUGAACAGUGGAUCAAAGUGAUUUCUCGAUCAGCAAAAGGAAUUUGUAUGGAUUGGCUCACAGGUAGCUCUAGGAAUAUAUUCGAGCAAGCUGAAACGUAUCUAAGUAUGGCUAGUCUUUUUCAACGAAAUUUCUCACCUCCGGAGGUAGUGUUUGAGUUUAUAGCUGGAGUUCCAGAUGCGAUGGCUAUGAAACUACGAUCGCUCGGCGUUACGGUUCUGGGAGAAGAGAUUCCAAUCGAAUCUAUAACUAAAGUUCCUGAAGAUUUUAUGGAGAUGCUCAUGGAAGAUGUGGAUGAGAACGUCAAAACGGAAACCAACAGCAUCGAACAACAAAGUGCUCCGCCCAUCAAUCUUGAUGUUUCAGCUGUUUUCGUCUUGAUCUCAAAUCUUACGCAUGAGAACGGCACUAAUCACUUGUUCGACAGCGUUCUUCUCACCCAACAAGCCGAAAUGGAAAGGAAGAAUCCAGCUAGGAAACAAUUACUGAGUCAAAUAGAAGGUAGGGAAUGGAUUAUUUGUCGGACUGCUCACGAUUCCGUGCGGGAUAUUUUAAGCACAGUAGGAGGAGAAUCUGAAAAGAAACGCAUGGAAGAACUGUUUAAGAAAGUGCGACUAGUUGAAGACGCAGUGCCAGAGAAAACAGCAACGUUAAAGCAUUCAGACAGGAUCAACCAGAGGAGCAUUAUCAUCUUCGGGUCUGGUGACUACUAUCGAGCAGUGACAGCAACAGCUAACAAACAUUUCGUGUCAUCAGCGUAUCACCAGGGCGUGUCUUUCGACGUGAUACUGCAUGAAUCUCGAGCACUUAGCGAACAAAAAGAGCUGCCGCUUAGCAAUACGAACUGA